AUGGUUCCUCUCCUCCGGAUAACUCCGCAGUGGAGAUGGAUUCCGUCCAAGACUCACGUAGCCCCGCUCGACAAUCAGCGCUGCAGUCCAGGCGUUACCUUCCGCUGUGGCAUUUCUCUCCUGUCUGUGUGCAUGUGUGCGGUGUGUGUGUGUGUUUCGAUGGAGGAAGGGGGGAGUAGAGAGACAGGGAGCAAGAGGGGUGAGCACCUUUGCGAGAAGAAUCUGCGAAUCAUAAAACACAUAACAUGUAAGCUCCCUGUGAUUAAUGAUCUGCACUAAUUUGGAUAGCAGGCAUGGUAAAGGUCAUUGACAAUUGUUGCUGGUUUCAGCAUGAAUGCCUAAGUGGGAUGUAUUCUUGAACAAUCAAAUUUAAGUCUACUUCAGUGAAAAGGAUUGAUGUGCCCACAAUUCAUUACAAUACACAGUAAAAUUGCACAAAUAAAAGUAU